AGAGCCGCCCCCCGACCGCCUUCAUGCUCAGCCCCAGACCCUCGCCAGCGUUCCCGGCAUGACCUCGGGGACCGGGAGCUCUGCCUCCACCGUCGCCGGCGCUGCCCCCCACAAUGGUGAGAACAAACCGCCCCAGGCCAUCGUGAAACCCCAAAUCCUCACCCACGUUAUCGAGGGCUUCGUCAUCCAGGAAGGGGCAGAACCGUUCCCGGUGGGGCGCUCCUCAUUGCUGGUUGGGAACCUGAAGAAGAAGUAUGCGCAGGAGCUGCUGGCUGAGAAACUCCCGCAGCAGGACAACACCACCACCACCGACUCCGAAAUGGAGGAACCCUAUUUACAAGGUAGCGCCCGGCCCCCCCAAAACGAUUUCCUCACCAAGCAGGAAUCCAAAGAAGAGGGGAACCCCCCCAAACUGAAAUGCGAGCUCUGCGGCCGCGUCGACUUCGCUUACAAAUUCAAGCGCUCCAAGCGCUUCUGCUCCAUGGCUUGUGCCAAGAGGUACAACGUGGGGUGCACGAAGCGGGUGGGUUUGUUCCACCCCGAUCGCAGCAAGCUGCAAAAACCUGGCGGUCCCCCCCACGGCCGCCGUCGGACAUGCAAGGGGACGUUACCCACCCUCAGCAAAGACACCAAGAAGCAGCCGCCGGUUUCUAUCCCGCCGGGUUCGGUGCCUCUUUCCGUGACGGCGUCGUUGCAGCUCAACCACAGCCAAGAAGAUUCGAGUCGUUGUUCGGAUAAUUCGAGCUACGAGGAACCGCUCUCCCCCAUCUCGGCCAGUUCCUCCACAUCCCGCCGACGGCAGGGCGAGCGAGACCUGGAGCUACGUGAGAUGGAACUGCCCGACGUCCACGUCCGGGACCUGGCGAGCAUCGGCCAUCGCUUCCUCCCCAGCGAGCCCAGCAAAUGGAACGUGGAGGACGUCUACGAGUUCAUCCGUUCGCUGCCAGGCUGCCAAGAGAUUGCAGAGGAGUUCAGGGCGCAGGAGAUCGACGGGCAGGCGCUGCUGCUGCUGAAGGAAGAUCAUCUCAUGAGCACCAUGAACAUCAAACUGGGGCCGGCCCUCAAGAUCUACGCCCGCAUCAGCAUGCUCAAGGACUCCUAGAGCCAGUUGGGUGGGGGGGGGGCACCCAUGGGACCCCCAAUCCCACUCCCCCUCCCCCCUCCAAACCUUUGCCCAGCUGUGGGGAGGGGGCUAUGGGGCAGGGAGGAGGCGGGGGGAAGAGCCACUUCUGAGCACAACCCAGCCCCGGGGCAGCCCCCCUCAUCUCCCCAGGGGUGUGUAUAUAGCCCGUAGCUAUAGCGUCCCCCCGUAUGGGGGGUCACCCUCUCUCCUUCUCCAGCAGGGAGGGGGGGGUCCC